GUAAACACGCCGCCGACGGGCCCCGAGAGGCCGUGAGCAGCUGCUUUUCUCCGAGUCGCCGCCCUGCCCUUGGAGCCGAGAUCAUGUCCAUUCACAUCGUGGCGCUGGGGAACGAGGGGGACGCGUUCCACCAGGACAAUCGGCCGUCGGGGCUCAUCCGCACUUACCUGGGGAGAAGCCCUCUGGUCUCGGGGGACGAAAGCAGCUUGUUGCUGAACGCCACCAGCACGGUCGCGCGCCCCGUGUUCACCGAGUAUCAGGCCAGCGCGUUUGGGAAUGUCAAGCUGGUGGUCCACGACUGUCCCGUCUGGGACAUUUUUGACAGUGAUUGGUACACCUCUCGAAAUCUAAUUGGGGGUGCUGACAUCAUUGUGAUCAAAUACAACGUAAAUGACAAGUUUUCAUUCCAUGAAGUGAAGGACAAUUAUAUUCCAGUGAUAAAAAGAGCUUUAAAUUCAGUCCCCGUCAUCAUUGCUGCUGUUGGUACCAGACAGAAUGAAGAAUUACCUUGUACAUGCCCACUGUGUACCUCGGACAGAGGGAGUUGUGUUAGUACGACAGAAGGGAUCCAGCUUGCCAAAGAGCUGGGAGCGACUUAUCUCGAGCUGCACAGUCUCGAUGACUUCUACAUAGGGAAGUACUUCGGAGGUGUGUUGGAGUACUUUAUGAUUCAAGCCUUAAAUCAGAAGACAAGUGAGAAGAUGAAGAAAAGGAAAAUGAGCAACUCCUUUCAUGGAAUUAGACCGCCUCAGCUUGAACAGCCAGAAAAAAUGCCUGUCCUAAAGGCUGAAGCAUCCCAUUACAAUUCCGACUUAAACAGCUUGCUGUCCUGCUGCCAGUGUGUGGACGUGGUGUUCUACCAUCCAGACGUGAAGGACGUGGUCGAGGCCCACAAGAUCGUGCUCUGCGCCGUCAGCCACGUGUUCAUGCUGCUUUUCAAUGUGAAGAGUCCCAGCGACAUCCAGGACGCCAGCAUCAUCCACACCACCCAGGACCUCUUUGCUGUAAACCGAGACGCCACGUUUCCAGGUGCUAGCCAGGAGUCCUCAGGCAACCCGCCCCUGCGCGUCAUCGUGAAGGACGUCCUCUUCUGCUCCUGUUUGUCAGACAUUCUGCGCUUCAUUUAUUCAGGUGCUUUCCAGUGGGAAGAAUUGGAAGAAGACAUCAGGAAGAAGUUGAAAGAUUCAGGGGAUGUUUCAAAUGUAAUUGAGAAAGUUAAAUGUAUUUUAAAAACACCAGGAAAGAUUAAUUGCCUAAGGAACUACAAAACCUAUCAAUCCCGAAAACCUCUGUGGUUUUAUAACACUUCUCUCAAGUUUUUCCUUAAUAAACCAAUGCUUGCUGAUGUUGUCUUUGAAAUACAAGGUACGACGGUGCCAGCCCACAGGGCUAUCCUGGUGGCCCGCUGUGAGGUGAUGGCAGCCAUGUUUAAUGGCAAUUACAUGGAAGCCAAGAGUGUCCUGAUUCCCGUGUAUGGUGUUUCCAAAGAGACCUUCUUGUCUUUUUUAGAAUACCUGUACACAGACUCCUGCUGCCCAGCUGGCAUUUUCCAGGCCAUGUGUCUCCUGAUCUGUGCGGAGAUGUACCAGGUGUCCCGGCUGCAGCACAUCUGUGAGCUGUCCAUCAUCACACAGCUGCAGAGCAUGCCCAGCAGGGAACUGGCCUCCAUGAACCUCGACAUCGUCGACCUGCUCAAGAAGGCCAAGUUUCACCACUCUGACUGCCUUUCAACCUGGCUCCUCCAUUUCAUCGCCACUAACUACCUCAUCUUCAGCCAGAAGCCUGAAUUUCAGGAUCUUUCAGUGGAAGAACGCAGCUUUGUUGAAAAGCACAGAUGGCCAUCGAAUAUGUACUUGAAGCAGCUUGCAGAAUACAGGAAGUAUAUUCACUCCCGGAAGUGUCGUUGCUUAGUAAUGUAACCUGGAGCUUUUAUAGACACACACUUUCUAUUGUUAUUAUGAAGAAUGGGACACCCCUGGGUCCCACUAAACUUCUUAUGAGCGAAACCAAUAUGGGCAUUUAACAAAAAUCACCAUACAGCUUAAUGUGUUUAUUAGUUAUCUUUGGAAAAAACUACUAUUUUGGUUUUGU